GCCGCGGGUGAGAAGGGACGCCCUUCCGGUUUCCGACGGUUUUUUCUUUCGGUGGUGGGGGGCGGCCGCUGUCGCGGCGUGGGGCGUCCGGACGGCGUUCGCCCGACGUACGGCCGACGGUCGUCCACGCGCCACGGCAGUCGUUCGGCUCACGUCGUACACGUCGCGCACACGUUCGCCCGCGUAUUUAAUUUUAUACACACACAUUGUCCACCGCCGCCGCCGCCGACAACAAGUGGUUCGCGACGAGACUAGUUUCCUUAAAGAUAAAACCGCAAACAAGGGACCGAAGCACGUGACCCCCUACUCUCGCUCUAGCUAACUGCACAACGGGCAGUUUUUUUUCUUCAUAUUUUUUGAACUUAACCGUCAAAGUGGCUAACCACAAUCACCACCAUGACCUGCGGUCCGUCGCAGCCGCUGCUGCCGUCGCGUACCCGGACGCCCGGCCCAACGAUUAUUUGGGCUACUGUGACCCGGCCGCCGUCAACCUGUGGCGUAUGGUUGUGCCUCGCGGGGGCGGCCCGGCUCACCACCCGGAGUCCGUCGCACAACAUCAACCACCGACCGCAAUCGCCGCCACCGCCGAGCCCCCUCACUGGGGCUACGGACCGUGGAGUUCGAUGCCCGCCCCGCCGCCGACUUCUCGGCACCAUCAUCAAGGCGUCAAAAGGCACUUCAACGAGAGUGACGAUUGUGAUGAUGCAUUUUCAGAAGAGUCAAGCAAAGACCAUUGUUCUUCUCCCGGAGACGGUACAGACACACCCCACAUGCUCACCCGGAAGAAACGCCGGGGAAUCAUCGAAAAGAGACGUCGUGACCGCAUUAACACUAGCCUGUCAGAACUCAGGCGACUUGUGCCCACAGCGUACGAAAAACAGGGUUCGGCCAAAUUGGAAAAGGCCGAAAUCUUACAACUCACAGUCGAUCAUUUAAAAAUGAUUCACGCAAAAGCAGGUUUGGACACGUUGGCCUACGAACCAUCGAAAUACGCGAUGGACUACCAUAACAUCGGGUUCAGAGAAUGCGCCACCGAGGUGGCCAGGUACUUGGAGUCGGUGGAAGGCAUGAACGGCCGGGACCCAUUGCGUGAACGGUUAUUGUCGCAUUUGCAGUACUUUGCUGCGCAGCGCGAGUACGCGGCCAAGUCGCCGGCCGCUGCGGGACACCAUAACGCCCCGCCACCGCCACCAAGUUGGUACGGCGGUCAUCACGUCGGCGCACCGCCGCCGCCGCCACCACCGCCACCACCGACACUUCCACCGGUGCACCAUUACCCGCCGACAACGUCGCCGCACCAACAACAACAACAACAACCACCGCUGACCCUUCCUCCACCACCGCCACCACCCAGCCACAACAACAAUAAUUACGAGACGUCAGCGACGACCGUGGACGGUAUCAAGUCAGCGGCGGAAGCGGACGCAGCCGGUCUCACUACCCUGUCGUCCGUACCGGCGGACUACCACCACCACCACCACCAUCACCAACAGCAGCGGCAACACGAACAGCAGCACCACCACCGCAGUCGCGACGAAUACCAGCACCAACACCAGCACGGCGGUGGUGCCGGCAACCAAUUGCACAACUUGCAACCUGUUCAACCGCCCCCGCAGCCGCCGUCGGGCUAUCACGAUGCUGCUAUGCAUCAACAGCACCAUCAACAACAACAACAACAACAACAAUACCAAUCCGAUUCGUCCGUUUCCGCGCAGAUGAAACCCUACAGGCCUUGGGGCGCUGAAGUGGCGUACUAAAUACUACUCCCAAACGUACUGUUUUCUACGCUCGUCUCGCUAAUAUUAAUAAGUGACGUGCGAGUGAACGACGACUUUAUCAGAGUUUUCCUCCUCUGACAUUUUUUACUGUGAAUUAUUACCUAUUUAUAUGAUUAUUAUAUUAAUAAUAUACAUUUUCAUACACCGUAUUCUAGUCAACGACCUUAACCAAAGCUAUUUUCGUUUUUUGUACUUAUGCAUAUUAAAUUAUAUUAUAUAUUUAUAUUAAAGCAAUAAUUAACUUCACGAGUCUUAGUGCGACUGCAGCCGAUAUAAAUAAUAUAUCGGCCGACCUAUAUUAUUGUUCCGUGUUAGCUAUUACAAAUAUUUACAUCAUUCAAUAAUUAACGCGUCGCGGGGGUAAUAUGUAAUCGAAGAACGAGUUUUUUUU